AACAAGACAGGAAGUCAGAAUUUUCGUGUGGGAAAAGAUUAUGCAAUGAUAAAAAUUGAUUUAAAAAAAAAAAGAAUUAAAGAGUGUACAACAUCUUUACUGCUGAAGGAAACAAUAGGAGGAGAACAGACAAGUGAAAGAGUACAUUUAAAGGUGACAGAAGAGAAGACGAUUUGCAACAAUGGUGAACAAUAAGACAUUGAUGGUGGUCAUCCUCCUAAGCAUCUUUAUGGCAGGAAGUCAAACAAAAGGAAAUCAAGACACUGCCUCACAUCAGAAUAAAGAUUCUGCGAUUAAACAACUGACAGUUUUCAAAGAGCAGACCUUUGUUCCAGGCAAUGAUGUGAUUUUACAGUGUGGCAAUGCCACUGAUAUCAAAUGGAAUGAAUUAAUUUAUAUCGUCUGGAACAUCAGCCUCCAAGGCAGAAAAUGUUGGCUUGGUUUCAAUGGUUUGUCACCCAAGCUGGUCGACACAUGUAAUGAUGGAAAGAGGCUGUUCAACACCUCACAUGGAGUUUCUAUAGUCAUUCCCAAGAUUUCAAUACAAGAUGAAGGAUUUUAUUCUUGUGAUGUAUCAUAUAAAGCAGGAAGCUAUAUUCUUAACAUGUCUGUAAGCGUUACCAACGUUGCCACCCAGCUGGACAGUGAAAACAGUCAAAGGAUUGCUGUUUGUCAUUCCAUAUUUAAACAGAAAGCACCCACUCUUCAUUGGGAACCUGCCAUAAACUUUUCCUCCAAUACCAGCUCUGUCAAGAAGCAUGGCAUGUUUUCUAUGAUGGAGAAUCGAGUAUAUCUGCCGGCUAAUGCCAACAAUAGUGAGCUCACCUGUGUGGCCACAUACACCUCAGAGUCCGGCUCUGUUCAGCAGAAGAGCACACUUAAUCUUACAGUCUGGGGCCCCACAGGAACAACAUUUUGUCUCAGAAUGAAAGAAGAAACACCCACAAAGAGGUGAAGAAAUACGGCGGAUAAACAGAAUGUGGACAGCAAAAAUGGGCAUGGCAAGUGAAUUGAAGGGGGUGUUUACCUGAGAACUGCUGAUAUUUUAACAGAGCAUCUGAAGAAUUACAGCAAAAGCACCAAAGAGGGCAUUAAAAAGUUUCCUUUAUGCUCUUAGUUUUGUUUAUUUUGUCUGAAAUGAAGUUCCUAUUAAACUCUGAGUCAACAAAAAAAAUAAAGUCCAAACAUUUUA